CGGAUGUUCAUGCAACCCUAUUGUUUAAUGACCAUUGUGAAUUUUUCUGCAAGUUCUAUAGAAUGUUCUCAUACUGUGUACUUGAUUGGUCAAGUAGUGCUCCAAAUGCUGACCCAGCUUCAGAAAUACAGUGCUUAUCUGAUGACUAUGAGUUUGUUGAAAACCUUAUUAAGGCUAAUGGAUGUAGUGUUCCAGUAUUGCCAGAACGAGUCACAAAAACCAUACAUUCUGCAACAAUUCGUAUCCGAGCUGCUGAAAAUAGGGUUACUGAAAUCAGAAAGAUGACGCCGUUACAGCACAUUUCAGAUUCCACACCAAGUACCAGUUCCCAAGAAGAUACACUUCUGAUUGAACCUGAACAUCUUGGCAGUUCAAACAGUGAGCACAAUUUGCAUAACGGAAUGCACAGUGUCCCAAAAAAAAGAUGCCAACGAAAAAUGGCAGCUGUACAACGACUUGAAAAAUCAAUCACACAAGCUGAUCAGCUUGCGAUCAUAUCACAAAAAGAUCAAGAAUCCAGGCAGAUUUAUUAUCAGCGAAAGCUCGAAUUGUAUGAAAGAGACGUCAUAGCAAAAGAAAGAAUUGCUCACAGUUUGAAAGAGUUGCUUAAAAAUUACCAGUAG